CGCUCUGGCCGUCCGUGCUGUGCUUCCUGGUUGACGCUCCUCGAUUGAACGCUCAGCUGAGCAGAAACUCGUCCAACAUGGCUGGCCAGGAAGACCCGGUGCAAAGAGAGAUCCACCAAGAUUGGGCAAAUCGAGAGUAUAUCGAAGUAAUUACGAGCAGCAUUAAAAAAAUCGCUGACUUCCUCAACUCAUUCGAUAUGUCGUGUCGAUCCCGCCUGGCCACCCUCAAUGAGAAGCUCACAGCUUUGGAGAGGAGGAUUGAAUACAUUGAGGCCAGGGUGACGAAAGGAGAGACCUUGACCUAGAAGACAUUAUGGGAAUGAAUAGUUUCCCAGAGCUACCUGUCCAUCCCCCUCCCUGAGUUUUGGAAUAAGUGUGAUGGAUUCCACCCUCCUUUUCAUGGGACCAUGUGGACCAUUUUUAUAUUUCAUGGAUGAGUUUUGUGUUGUUCUAUCUCAUGACACUUUUGUAUAGAAGAUAUGGGUUUGUCUUUGGUGUUAGUAACUCAAGAAGCAUCAAUGUGAUUAAAACUAAAAGAAUUAGCUCCCAAAGUGUUGGUCU